UCCUCGGAUCAGCAGCUGAUCAGAGGAUGGUGGCAGCGGAGCAGGACAGAACUGCUGCUGGGCUUCAGACGGUCAGUUCGGUUCUGUUCUGUUCGGGUCGGGACGGUUCGGUUUGGUUCCGCUGCUGACAUGUUCGAUCACUCCGACUAUCCGUUCAACUGUUUCAACUAUGACGGGGACGGAUACCCGUCCUCUGGGACGGAGGAAGAGAAGAAGAUAUGCAGACCCGCUUACAGCUACAUCGCUCUGAUCGCCAUGGCGAUCCAGCAGAACCCGGACCAGCGGGUCACUCUGUCCGGCAUCUACGACUUCAUCAUGAGGCGGUUCCCCUACUACCGGUCCAACCAGCGAGCCUGGCAGAACUCCAUCCGGCACAACCUGUCGCUCAACAGCUGCUUCAUCAAGGUUCCGCGGACGGAGGGCAACGAGAAGGGGAAGGGGAACUUCUGGACCUUCGCCGCCGGCUGCGAGUCGAUGCUCGACCUCUUCGAGAACGGAAACUUCCGGCGCCGCCGCCGCCGCCGGAACCCAAAGAUCGGCCUGCGGGACCCGGCAGAGGUUCGGCGGCCGCAUCUGGACUCCGCCAUUCGCCCUCUGGGCCCCGACCGGCCCGGUCCACUCCAGAACCGCCACCAGAAAUCCGAGUCGGAGAUCAAGUUCAGCAUCGACUACAUCCUGUCCGCUCCGGACCCGCCGCCGGCCGCGUUCAGAACCGGCGCCGGCCCGGUUCGCCUGGGCCCGACCGGGCCGGCGCCGGUUCUGGAGCCUCCGCACCUCAACCUGCACUUCUGGACUCUCUGAGGCCACAGGAGGCGAGACUUGGACUAGGACAGGGAGGUUCUACUGAGCCAGCGCCAGGACCGGUCCAGAACAUCAGAACUCAGAGUCCCUGUGCUGUCUGUGACGUAACUUCAGUAUUUCGUUUGUCUUCGAU